AUGGAUCUCAAAGAAAAGCUUACUGAAGAAAAUUCUUGGAAACAAUUAGAAGAAUAUUUUUUUGGUACUGGUUCUAAAAUUAAAAUUUCUGAUUUAUUCCAACAAGACCCUGAAAGAUUUAACAAGUUUAGUCUAAUACUCCAAACUCCUGAUGAUGGACCUAUACUACUUGAUUAUUCCAAAAACCGAAUUGAUGAUAAAGUUUUGAGUCUCUUAUUUAAUUUGGCACGAGCACGUCAAGUUGAGAAAGCACGAGAUGCAAUGUUUGUCGGAGAAAAAAUAAAUUUUACAGAAAAUCGCGCGGUAUUACAUAUUGCUCUUCGUAAUCAGCAAAAUACUCCUAUUCUCGUAAAUGGAAAAGAUGUGAUGCCAGAUGUGAAUGCUGUGUUACAACAUAUGAAAGAAUUCACCGACCAAGUUAUUACUGGAGAAUGGAAAGGUUUUACAGGUAAACCAAUUACAGAUGUUGUUAAUAUUGGCAUUGGUGGUUCCGAUUUGGGUCCUCUUAUGGUAACUGAGGCAUUGAAGCCUUACCACUGUGGACCGAGAGUUCAUUUUGUGAGUAACAUUGAUGGUACGCACAUAGCUGAGACUCUAAAAAAAUUAAAUCCUGAAACUGCUCUUUUUAUUAUUGCAUCCAAAACAUUUACAACUCAAGAGACGAUUACCAACGCUACUUCAGCGAAAUUAUGGCUCCUAGAACACUUGAAAAAUGAAGCAGCGGUAGCAUCUCAUUUUGUUGCAUUAUCAACAAACAAUCAAAAAGUCAAAGAGUUCGGAAUUGAUGAAAAGAACAUGUUCGGUUUUUGGGAUUGGGUUGGUGGACGUUAUUCUUUGUGGUCAGCAAUUGGUUUAUCAAUUUCACUAGCUAUUGGAUUUGAUAACUUCAAAAAAUUAUUGAACGGAGCAAAUUUUAUGGAUCAGCAUUUUCGUACUGCUCCAUUACAUCAAAAUGCACCUGUCAUUCUUGCUUUGUUGGGAAUUUGGUACCACAACUUUUUCAAAGCUGAAACUCAUUCACUCUUACCUUAUGAUCAGUAUCUUCAUAGAUUUGCUGCUUAUUUCCAACAAGGUGAUAUGGAAAGUAAUGGAAAAUAUGUUACUCGUUCGGGGACGACUGUAAAUUAUACUACUGGACCAAUUGUCUGGGGAGAACCUGGCACCAAUGGUCAACACGCAUUUUAUCAAUUAAUUCAUCAAGGUACUAGAUUAGUACCAGCAGAUUUCAUUGCUCCUGUGCUAUCUCAUAAUAAGGUUCAAGGUGAUUUACAUCACAAAAUAUUACUUGCUAAUUUUCUUGCACAAACUGAGGCUCUUAUGAAAGGAAAAAGUGUUGAUCAAGCACGAGAAGAACUUCUAAGCUCUGGAUUGAGUUCAGAACAAGUAAAUUUCAUACUGCCACAUAAAAUUUUUGAAGGUAAUCGGCCAACAAAUAGUAUCCUGGUAAAAAGGAUUACUCCCUUUACUUUGGGUGCAUUAAUCGGUAACGUUGAAUUGGGAAAACAACUUGCUAAAGCUAUAGAGCCAGAAUUAAAUAAUAAAGAUAAGAUAAUCAGCCACGACGCAUCAACUAAUGGUCUAAUAGAUUUUAUCAAGUCCAACAGUUAA